AUGAUGCGACCCACAGCACCACGCUAUAUGGCCCAGGGUAUCUGGGCGGGGUUUCGGUACUACUUUGGACACUUCUUCUACCCCAACAUGUACCGGGAGUUCCUUUCCGUUCAGAACGCCCACAAAGUAGAGCGUGCGCUGCGUAUUCAAAGCGCUAUCAAGGCGAACAAGGUUGACUAUCGUGCCCUGUUGGCGUUGCCGGUGACAGAUCACGCCCAUCCAUACAAAAUGGAGUAUCCGUGGGAGAAGGUGAUACACACGGACUACCGGGACCUUAGUAUGUACGGGAAAUGGUAUGCCAGUAAGAUUAUGUGCUUCUACGAAGGUUUACAAUACCACAAAUACGGUUGUUUGCAGGAUGACCUCAUUAAUGCGCACGGUUGGUGGAACCGCGCCGCUCGCACUCGUGCUCCGCAGGAUAAAGUUAUACACGGCGACCGUCGUGUUAUGCGGGCUCGCGUUCUGCGCGACAAGUACAUUUAUGAGCCAAAGAGUCGCUGGGUACACCCCAUCGACAACGUUGCAUACUUUGGUCCUUAUGUAAUGAUGGUGUGCGACGAGUGGGAGGAGAAGUGGGGCUUCUUUGCCGGUCAGGAAGUGGAGUACUAA